UCUUGAGCUGCCAGUCCUCUGUACAUUUCAGAUUGAGAUUUCACAGCGCAAGGUCUUGAGGAGCCUCGCCAUCAACCGACACACUUUCGGAGCUCAGCGUUUAUUAUUAGCUCCGUUCUAAGAGACUAUUAUCACGACCCUAUUCUAUUUAUGCCGGUUUCUUGAAUAUUUAAUGGAAAAUGGCGAUCUGCGCUCAAUCCUACGGUAUAUUCUGUCUGUUCUCAAUCCAAACUAUCCUCAUCAUUAGCUUAUCUUCGCCGGCAACGGGGAGCCUUCGCUUCCCCCAACACUACACAAUGAUGCAUUGGGCAGGCCGCAUUGAGAAGGAGCUGGAGAAGACUAUACAGUUGGUCACUGGAACCCAGCAGAUAAGAGGGAUUUACAAUGAGAAGAAGAGUCAGUUUGACAUCAAGAGGAACAAUCCCAAGGACCUGGUGGAGAGGGUGGCACGAGACAUCGCCAAGCUGCUCACUAGCAAGAGGAGAGCCCUGGAGAGGCUGGCCAGGGAGGCGGAGCAGCUGCAGACAGAUUUUCCCUGGCUGGACAGUAUCAAGGAGAGCGACAUGGAGUACUAUGAUUCGAAAGCGGAAUCAGACUAUACGGAGGACGGAGAUGGGGAAGAGAACCUGAUGGAGAACCCCUACUCCAUGAAGCUGGAGUUUGUGGACGAUCCCAACUUUAAAAACAAGGUCAACUACUCCUACAGCGCCGUCCAGAUCCCCACAGACAUCUAUAAGGGCUCACCAGUCAUCCUGAAUGAGCUGAACUGGACCCAGGCUCUGGAGAGGGUUUUCAUUGAUAACCACCGGGAGGACAGCUCUCUGCGCUGGCAGGUGUUCGGCAGCGCCACGGGGGUCACAAGAUAUUACCCAGCCACUCCAUGGAGAGCACCCAAUAAGAUUGACCUGUAUGACGUCCGCAGGCGGCCAUGGUACAUCCAAGGGGCAUCAUCUCCCAAGGACAUGAUCAUCAUCGUGGACGUGAGUGGCAGUGUCAGUGGACUCACUCUGAAACUGAUGAAGACGUCGGUCAUGGAGAUGCUAGACACUCUGUCAGAUGACGACUAUGUGAAUGUAGCCAGGUUUAACGAGAAGGCUGAUGCUGUCGUCCCCUGUUUUAAGACCUUGGUCCAGGCCAACAUGAGAAACAAGAAGAUCUUCAAGGAGUCUAUCAUGCACAUGCAAGCCAAAGGAACCACUGACUACAAGUCUGGCUUCCAGUUCGCCUUCGAACAGCUACUCAAUGAUACCGGCGCCCCAAGGGCGGGCUGCAAUAAGAUGAUAAUGAUGUUUACAGAUGGAGGAGAGGAUCGUGCACAGGACAUCUUUGAGAAGUACAACUGGCCCAACAAAACAAUUCGAGUAUUUACCUUUUCAGUUGGGCAGCACAACUAUGAUGUCACCCCCUUGCAGUGGAUAGCUUGUGCCAACAAAGGAUUCUACUAUGAGAUUCCAUCCAUUGGAGCCAUCAGAAUUAACACGCAGGAGUACCUGGAUGUGCUGGGUCGGCCCAUGGUGCUGGCUGGGCCCAAGGCCAAGCAGGUCCAAUGGACCAAUGUCUACCAGGAUGCUCUGGGUCUGGGUCUGGUCAUAACUGGGACCAUGCCAGUCUUCAACCUCACCGCUGAUGCAAAUUCUCAGACGCAGCUUGUCCUUGGUGUCAUGGGGGUGGAUGUUGCAAUCAACGAAAUUAAGAGGAAGACACCAACAUACAGGCUUGGAGCCAAUGGAUACACCUUUGCGAUCGACCAAAAUGGCUAUUUGCUCCUGCACCCCAACCUGCAACCUAAGGUAGGAUCAAGACUGUCCUCUAUGCAUCCCAUCCUGCAACCUAAGAUCAUUAACUUCAGAGAACCUGUCACCCUGGACUUCCUGGAUGCUGAGCUAGAGGACAGUAAAAAGGAGGAGAUCCGUCGAGAAAUGAUUGAUGGCAAAUCAGGGCAAAAGAAAAUCAAGACUCUCAUUAAGUCAGUUGAUGAGAGGUACAUUGAUGAGGCCAUGCGGACAUAUACCUGGACACCAGUGGAGGGCACAGAUUACAGUCUAGGGCUGGUACUGCCCACAUACAGUGAGAACCACAUCAAGGCUAACCUGAGUGACCAGAUCCUGCAGGUGCAGUAUUUUGAAUCUCUGCUGCCAAACAGUUUUGAGUCUGAAGGACAUGUAUUCAUAGCUCCCAGGGAAUACUGCAACGAGCUAGAGCUCUCCAACAACAACACUGAGUUCCUGCUCAACUUCAUCGCUCUCAUGGAGAAGGUGACACCUGACUCCAAACAAUGUGACAACCUGCUCCUUCAUAACCUCAUCCUCGACACUGGCAUCAUCAGACAGCUGGUGGAGAAGGUGUGGAAGACCAAAGACCUCACCACCUAUGGCUUUCUGGCAGUGUUUGCUGCAACAGACGGAGGGAUUACAAGAGUGUUUCCCAACAAGGCUGCUGAGACCUGGGAAGAGGACCCUGAGCCUUUUAAUGCCAGCUAUUACCGCCGCAGUCUGGACAACAAGGGCUACAUCUUCAGAGCGCCUUAUCGCACCGUGAAUGAUGAGCUGCUGAACCCAGAGAACGACACCAUAGGAAUCCUGGUCAGCACUGCAGUGGAGAUCACAGUGGGAGGGAAAACUAUCAAACCUGCAGUGGUUGGCGUAAAGCUGGACCUUGAGGCCUGGGUGGACAAAUUCAAGAUCCUGGCUAGCAACCAAACAAGUCCAACAAGUGACAACCGCCAAGUCCAACAAACGUGUGGACCAACCAGUGGCUGUGAGAUGGACUGUGAAGCCAACAGCGAAGACCUUCUUUGUUACCUGGUGGAUGACGGUGGUUUCCUGAUCAUGUCCAAUCAGAAGGAUCACUGGAACAAGAUUGGCAUGUUCUUCAGUGAGGUGGACCCCUACCUGAUGCAUGCUCUCUACAACAACUCCUUUUACAACCGGAAGCAGUCCUUUGACUACCAGUCUGUGUGUGACCCCGUGCCAAGCAGCAACACCGGGGCUGCACCAAGAGGAGUCUUUGUGCCCACCAUUGCAGACUUUGUGAACCUGGCCUGGUGGUCAUCAGCAGCUGCCUGGUCCCUAUUUCAGCAGCUGCUCUAUGGAAUGGCCUACCACAGUUGGUUUGUCACAAAUGAGGUGGAGGCAGAGGGGAUGGACUCCAGAGAGACCAGCUGUGUGACGAUACAGACUCAGUUCUACUUCACUAACAUCAACAGCUCCUAUGACAUCCUGCAAGACUGUGGCAACUGUUCCAGGCUGAUCCAUGCCAAGAGGUUAAACAACACCAACCUGCUGUUUGUGGUGGCAGAGAAGAUGCCCUGCAACACCUGUGAGGUGGAGAAACUGUCCCAGGCGGAGACAGAGUUCAAGGAGGAUAACCCAUCAUGUGAGGACAUGAGUGCAGCGAGGUAUCGAAAAGGGCCCGCUGUGUGCUACGACUACAAUCUUUCUGAGAACACAUCAGACUGUGGGCGGGGCCACUCCUUCCACCCCUCACUCCAGACCCUGCUCAUGAUUCAGCUCUUCCUCCUCUAUCCAAUCGCCAGCCCUCAUAUUCUGCCCCUUUUACUUUAAUUUUCCUCCAGUCUGCUCUCCCCAGCUCUUUGUCCAUCCUAAAGCGCCCACCCUCUCCCCUCUAUGCUCCGCCCCUGCUCUAGUCAUAGGUUAUAAUGGGACUUCCUGUCACUGCAACUUGGAAGCCUUGAGUACCGCGCUACUGUACCCAGCUAGCUUCAAUUGUUGUUGCUUAGUGACAGUUGCAGGACCUUUAUGUUCUCAGCGAGUUGCGUACCUUUAUCCAUGGGAAGAGAUUCAAAAGGUUGGUGUUCCAACCACCACAAUUAUCAGAGGCUAUGUCAGAAAAGAAAAGACCCCAUCCCCACCCGCAUCAACAAGACAAGUAACAAGUGAAAAGACGAGUUGGAUGCCAUGUCACAGAGCUCCAACCGUCAUGGACACAGCAGAGUUUAGGUUGUCUGUUUGUGCCUCUGUUAGUCAGAUGGGAUGAAGAGACAUGGCCUCCAUCUCGCUCACUCAUCUCUGACCUGAUCAGUUUCAUCGCUCUGUCAUGUGUCUCUCAUAGGGGGCUACUGUACGGAUCAUUCAGAAAAUGAAGGAAAAAAAGAACUUUCAAGUAUACAAAAACAUACAAUUAUAAACUGUUGAAGUGUUGAGUAUUCAAAGCACAUGUUAGGGUAUAAUUUGCAAUGAAAGUUGUUACAUUAAUUGAUUUAUGCACUAUAUCUACUUCUUGCCAAAAUGAGAGACUUUGAUGUGGUCUUGUUUUUAUAACCAAAUGAGAGGAAAAAGAGAAACCCAGAAAGGAAAACUAGAGAAAUAGUGUUAGGAAUAUCUGAGUUGGCUGAAUUCCAAUUCUUCUUGUACACCUCUACUGUUCUCCACUUACUGCUUCUGCCCCUGGAAGCACAGUAUUAUAUUUAUAAUCAUGGUAACAUGGAACUAUUCUAUGAAAUAGUAGUCACGUUGUAUAAAAUGGAGACAGGCGCAGGAAUACAUAAUAGGGGGUUUUAAUACUCCACCCAAAAAUACAACAUGCCAUGAAAACACGGGGACGAAACCCGUAAUAACAAUACACAGGACUAAACCCGUAAUAACAAUACACAGGACGAAACCCGUAAUAACAAUACACAGGACGAAACCCGUAAUAACAAUACACAGGACGAAACCCGUAAUAACAAUACACAGGACGAAACCCGUAAUAACAAUACACAGGACGAAACCCGUAAUAACAAUACACAGGACUAAACCCGUAAUAACAAUACACAGGACGAAACCCGUAAUAACAAUACACAGGACGAAACCCGUAAUAACAAAUGCACAACAAUACACGGGACCCGUAAAUAAGGAGUACACAAUACACACAGAAAGCCGAAACAACAAAGCACAGGUGCUCACAAGACCAACAGACAUGGGAACAAUAACCGACAAGAGAUUGGUGAACAGAGGGCACAUAUAUACAAUUACUAAUCAGGAGAAUGGGAAUCAGGUGUGCAUAAUGAGACCGUUCAGUGGCACCUAGAAGCCGGUGACGUAGACCUCCGGAACUGGUGCACGGAAUGAGCAGCAGUACCGGGGGAAUCCGUGACACAUUUGAUUAUCAUAGUUGACUGAUGUUGGUUAAUGAAUUGGUAAUUAUGUGUCCAUCAUCAUAGAUGACUGAUGUUAGUUAAUGAAUUGGUAAUUAUGUUUCCAAAUCGGACAAAGCAAAUUAUAACUUUUCCCUUGCAAAAAUAAGUGAAAUACUAUAGGCUACACCAAUGUAUUAUGAAUUAGUAUUAAGCCUCUGAGAAGUCUGAGCGUUUGGGCUUCAUUGCUGUAUGUGGUGUGUACUUUCCCACUCUCCACAGACUAAUUGAAUCGUUGUUUCCACAUCAUUUCAACAAAAUGACAUUGAACCAACGUGUCAUAGACGUUGAAUUAACAAUUGUGCUCAGUGGGAUCCUUUCUGAUCAGUGGACAUUCUGACUGACCUCUACUCCUAACCCAGUGAAAGCUAACCCCUCUGCCAAUCCUCAUACAGCCGCUCCACCAGGUCCACUAAUGUUCCUAGGACUAUAUUUGUAUGUGUUUAAUAUCUGUUGUCACCACAGCAGAGCAGAUAUACUAAUAUCUAUUCAGACUGGCCCAUAAGUAUCUCGUUUUAGUUGCAGGUAGGUUUUGGCAGAACUUAGCUUGUAUUACCUUUAACAGACGCUGUGUAACUUCAGACCAUUUGCUAUUGGGGGAUUGGGGUUGAACAUUCCCCACAUAAAGGAAUGCAGCCGAGGCCACUACAACUUACUGUACGGUGACAACUGAGCUGCAGUCUGUGUUUUCUGUUACAUGUCAUUCUGAUCCAUUUGAAGUGAAAUGUCAUUAGACUCCAUGUUUUGUUGUCAUAGUGCCUUGAUGCACUUCGUUUUGGAAAGCAUUGUCUCUUGAGCUACUGUACAGUACCUUUAUAGAAGAGGCACCCUAAUGGCUGAGCUACAGGAUCUUUAUAGAGCAAGUCUGUUGGCUAUAUAUCUAUGGUAGCUUUAUAGAGACACCAUAUUGACUAGACGUUAUUGUAGCUCAAUGUUGACUUUCGAUUGGCUAUGGCUCCUGGCUGCUGUACCAUUCCAGGGCUACCUGAUUGCUACCAGAUAGAGUCGCUGUACAGUACCUUUACAGAGCCAUCUAUAGAGCUAAACUAUCAGUAUAAAUCGACAUAACUGGUCAUAGAUCUACCUUUAUAGGGUCACCUGACCGCUAUCAUUGCGUUUCUGUCUGAACCGUAUGUGCGUUUGUGUUUGUGUAUGGGUGUAUGUUUGUUUUAACCCUCAGAGCGAAUGUCUUUAAAACUGGGUUGAGAGGAUGGGGAAUGACAGUUGUGGUAGCGUAGCUGUUUGUUGUUCCAAUUCCAAUGGAAGAAGUGUUAUAUCAGAUGUUGUUAUGGAGGGGAAAAAAUAUUUUACAAAAAAAAAGAAAAGAAUCCAAUCAAUUUUUUCUCACCGGUUUGUUCAAUAUAUUGUCAUGAGGGAGCUGCAUACUGUAUGUGACCCCUGUAUUCACAGAGGUGUUCAAAAAUAAUGUUUAAUAUGUCCGUGUGUUUCUGUUUCAAAGGAUACAUAGUGACUAAGCCUCUCUAAAUGCCUUAGUGUUUCAGUGUUCUCCCUCUUACACACUCGCGCGCAUGCGCUCGUACACACACACACCGUGAGCCUCCCAAAUAUUCACUUUCUCCACAGACUUUCCCAAUCCAGAAUGUUGCACUCUGGAUUUAAAGAGGUUUAGGUUUUGAUGUGUCCAUCCGUCGAUAUAAAAUGGUGUGAGUUUCUUGUACACAUUGCUGCUUGGAGUGGAGGACAUUCACAGUUUACAUUGACUCUGAAUCUGUAUUGACUCUGAAAUCCCUCCACCCCACCUCACUGUUAACGUAACAUCUAAACCCCCAAACCUCCUUUACUGUAACCAUAAAUACACACAUAAUGUACAGUGAACAAUACCAUUUUUGGCAAGACCAAAUGUUCCGUAACAGCAUAUUUAGAUUUUAAAUAGGCAAGUCAGUUAUGAACAAAUUCUUAUUUACAAUGAGAGCCUACCCCAGCCAAACCCUGACGAUGCUGGGCCAAUUGUGCACUGCGCUAUGGGACUCCCGAUUACAGCCGAUUGUGAUACAGCCCAGGAUCGAACCCAGGUCUGUAGUGACGCCUCUAGCACUGGAAUGCAGUGCCUUAGACCGCUGCCCCACCCAGGAUCCCUAUCUCACUGAAAGACUGGACCAAAUAGAAACUCAGAAUCUGACGUUUGCAAUUGUCUCCUUUCAAUGUUAGGGUCCACCAUUUUUGAAAUUCCUCGUAUAAAUAGUCCUGUUGCAUUUUAUUGUUUUAUUAUAUCACAGCAUUUGUUUGUCCCUCUGUUGUCCCUCCGUCAAUGAAGGUUACAUUCGCUGUGGAAAUGUACCCCCUGUGACUUUCUCUGGCUCAGCAGCAGACACAAGCACUAACAAAUUUACACAUUCAGACAUGCAGUUACACACUUAUGCACCCACAUGCACAAAGCACACACAUGUAACAUUAACAGUUAUACCUACACAUGCACAGCUGGGGGAUGUUCAGCUCUAGACUGAAGUAAGCCAGGGAUGUCUAUUCCUUGUGUGGGAUGUCAGAGGCUGGCUCAGGGUGUGGGUCUCCAUAGAACAGCAUGGGACCCUGUCAAACAAAAGGUAAAAUAAUCAUGAUUUGUAUGUCUGUGUGUCUGUGUGCUGAGGGACACAGGUCGGUUUUCUGUGGUUUGAAAAAUUUACUUUUUGCUCUAAAAAAAAAGAAGGGGAAAAAGGGCAUGUUUGGGGUGAGAGGACCGGGUCUGGUUUUACAGCCAGCCCUAAAGGGAGGGUCUCCACGUGGGGUGAGAGGACCGGGUCUGGUUUACAGCCAGCCCUAAAGGGAGGGUCUCCACGUGGGGUGAGAGGACCGGGUCUGGUUUACAGCCAGCCCUAAAGGGAGGGUCUCCACGUGGGGUGAGAGGACCGGGUCUGGUUUACAGCCAGCCCUAAAGGGAGGGUCUCCACGUGGCCCUGCCCCUGCCUACCCUUGCGGUGUCUGUGCGUCUCUGUGGGAAAGACACGUGUGUAUGUGAUUCUGUAGUCUGUAGUCUGGUGCUAUGUGACCAUGUUUGACAAAUGUGUUUAAAAAAAAAACAGUAACAAAAAAUUAAUAAAUUCAGUCAAAUUCUAAGUGAAGUAAAAAAAAAAUGGAAUAAAGUAAAGAGAUUUGAGAUCUAAACUGUUUUUAUUUUUAUUUAUUUUCUGUGGGUGUCUGAGUGUGUAUGUGUGUGCACGGAAGAUUUAGCUCCCUCUCGCUGGGCAUUGGUCCAUGUCGCUCCAUUCUUUUGUACUGAUAAAGCAAAAAAAAAAAAAAAGAAGAGGGUAAAAUUUGUAAAAUAUUGUGUCUGUGACUCCUUGUAAAAUAUUUUCAAAUUGUUUAUUACAGAGAAUCAGUUAUUAAAUAAUGUUCAUAUUUUUCACUUCA